ACCAUGUAAACCGAGUCAGGCGUCUCGUGGAUUCCUCUCAGCCAAUCAGACAGCGGUCUCAGCUGGGCGGGGAUUGGCUGUUUUUUUAUAGCUGUCAUGGGGGCGGGCGCGCUGCCAUUGGAUGGACAGAGUCAGUGGCGGAGGUGGGUGUGGCUGCGCUCUGGGGACGCGCUCCUGCUGCUCUGGUGCCGGUCGGCAUGGAUGUGUCCGAGGAGUUGCGGGCGGAGGAGGGCGAUGGGGGCAGGGUGACCGCCGAGAGGGAGCAGCGGUGUGUUGAGUUUGCCGGCAUCGCGGGCUGUGACCGGGCAGUGGCGCAGUGCUUCCUGGCAGAGAAUGACUGGGACAUGGAAGUAUGUCAGGCCGAGCCGCCCAUCACAGAGUCCUUACUGCCACCCACACAGCACACAGACAGACAGACUAUACCGGGGGUCUCCGGACUGCCGCUCACACGAUGCUCAGCCAGCUGUUAUGGCCGCUGGGAGUCAUGGGGAAAUCUAGUUUAAAAGCAUGUGGGCUACCAGGAUUGGCUAUCACUAGCCCAGGCAAUCCCUGCUCCUCCAGCUGCUGCUUAGGUGGCUACCUGCCCUACACGGUGAUGGCCUGGAGCUGCUGCCCUGCUCAGUGCAUAAUUCACAGGAAGCAGUUUAUUAAGAGGGGCACCCAUAAGGAGGUUGUGCCAGGUAUUUGCCCCCAAAUUAUAACAUUAAAGGACCACUAUAGUGCCAGGAAAACACACUCAUUUUCCUGGCUCUAUAGGGUCUUUAGGUCCCCCCACCCUUAGGGUCCCCCUCCCACCGGGCUCUAGAGUGAGGAAGGGGUUUAACACUCAUGGUUUCUCCAGUGCCGGGCUCCCUCAGCGGUGGGGACUCUCCGCCUCCUUUCCUGUCAUUGGCUGAAUGCAGGCAGUGUUAAUCCUAGAUCAGGGGUAGGCAAUCUACGGCACUCGAGGUGCCUUUGAACAGCACUCAAGGCUGCUAGAGCCAAACUGGCUUUGGCCUAUCAGGAGUCCCAGUAAAACUUCAGAUAUCUGCUAAUACGAAGAGGUGGUGAAGGACAAUCCUCAAUUUAUGCAUUGCAGCACAUAGAGGAAGUGAUCUCCGAUCACUUCCUCCCAGCACUUGUAAUAGAGCAGCCCGCACUGUAGUAAUGCAGCCCGCAGCUGAUGUUGCAGCUCCUGACCUUGACAUGUACCUGGCCAGCCUGGUCCCCACUGGAACCCAGGGAAGCCACCCACACUGCUAGAUAUACACAGAAAUGCAGAAUAACAGCCCACACACAAGCAUACACACAAUCCCCACAAACGCAACACCACUAACAAUCCACACACAUGCACACAACCCCACAUGCAAUACCCCAGACACUAACAAACACACAAUGUGACCUAUCCACACACAAUUCCACAAGCAGCCCUCAUACACAGCCCACAUUCAUAUGUAUCAUACACGAUACCAUAAACUACUAAUGAACAUAUACAAUAUAAUAGCUUACAUACACACAAAUACCACGAUACAAAGCAAUUACAGUAAAAAUAACAAGCAGAAUACGGCAGCAUACACACCUCAAUUAAAAAAAAAAAAAUAGGAUCUGCAUGCUACGGGACAUCACAAUCCUAGAUCGGCACAGUGCUGCUAAAAGGUUGCCUACCCCUGUCCUAGAUGGACCUGGCACCCAGACCACUUAAUUAAGCUAAAGUGGUCUGGGUGCCUAUAGUGGUCCCUUAAGUGCAUCUGUAAAGUAUAUCAACAGUAUUGUGUAUUUUUGGGAGUGGCGGGAAAAUAUAUAAACAUUUUGAGAGCUGUUCACCAAAGGUAUUCUGGGCAAAUGUGUAAAAGAUCGCUCAACAUUUAUUUACAGUUUAUGUACAGCUGCUUCAGUAUAUUUGCAAAUGCAGAAACUGUUAUUCUAGUACACUCCACCUCUGUGUUUUUGUUUGCAGAGAGCAAUAAAUUCAUACUUUGAACCAGGGGUUGAUCUGCAGUCUCAAGACAGAACCAGUGCUGAACUCGGUGACCCUUCUGUUAAACAGAGUAUGCCUGUAACAUCUGAAUCCUGGCAAGUUAUUCUUGCAUGCUGUUUACUUUGCAAGUGUUUUCCAAUUAACCAAACUUGGCAUAGGUUUUUAUAUCUCUACUGAAAUAUACAUUUUAUAUUGACCUGUUCUAGUGUUUAAAGUUAUCCAUGUAUUUUUCCCUUUUUUAGAAAUCAUUCAUUCUGAGUAAACGUUUACUCCAGAUUGGAAGUGUUUUUGUUUUUUACUACAAAAAAUAAAGAUGGGGGGGGGAUGACCUUCAUGGGCACAUUGUUAAGUCCUUACUGCUUGGUUUUUCAAAGACCUCAUCAGUUAUUAAAGAAACACUAUAGUUACCUAAACAUUUUCUUAAUGAAGCAGUUUUAGUGUUUAGAUCAUGCCUCUCAGGUUUCACUGCUCAAUUCACUGCCGUCACUUUGUUUCCUCCCCUGACUCUGACACAGCCUACAUGAAAAAAAUUGGUUUCACUUUCAAUCAGAUGUAAUUUACCUUAAACAAUUGUAUCUCUUUCUCUGUAAAUUGAACUUUAAUCACACACAGGAGGCUCUUACAGGGCCUAGCAAGCUAUUAUCAUAGCAGGGAAUAAGAAAAUCUAACUUAAACCAAACUUACAAUAAAGGAAGAAUAAACUGUAGAUGAUUUUUUACAGGAAGUGUUUAGGAAGGCUGUGCAAGUCACAUGCAGGGAGGUGUGACUAGGGUUAAUAAAGAAAGUGAUUUAACUCCUAGAUGGCAGAGAAUUGUGCAGUGAGACUAUAUGGGCACGAUUUAUACACCAAAACUGCUUCAUUAAGCUAAAGUUGUUUUGGUGAGUAUAGUGUCCCUUUAACUGCUGCUAACCAUUCCAAACUUGCACUUUUUCAUGUUGACAAUAGUGUUGCAAACAUAUCCCACAUGCUUAGGGUUCACUGGAAGCUUGGAAUUCACAGAUCAUUUCAUGCACAAAACCACAUAGCUGCAGGUGACAGAUUCCCUUUAAUUAUUUUGAUACGUUGCCAGAUUCUACAACUAUUCCACAUGUAAAACCCCUUAUCCCGUUUACUAACAAGCAGUUUGUUAAAGGACCACUAUAGUGUCAGGAAAACAAACUUUUUUUCCUGGCACUAUAGUAUUAAUAGGUCCCCCCCUCCCGCCGGGCUGAAGUGGGAGGAAGGGGUUAAAAUCUUACCUUUCUCCAGCGCCGGGCUCCCUCUGUUAUGGGGACUCUCCGCCUCCUUUGGACAUCAUUGGCUGAAUGCGCAGGCGCGGCAAGAUCUGCGCGCGCAUUCAGUCAGUCCAUAGGAAAGCAUUCUCAAUGCUUUCCUAUGGACGGCAGCGUCUUCUCACUGUGAUUUUUAGUUAGAAGCGCCUCUAGCAGCUGUCAAUGAGACAGCCACUAGAGGCUGGAUUAACCCAUAUGUAAACAUAGCAGUUUCUCUGAAACUGCUAGGUUUACAGCAGGCAGGGUUAACCUUAGAUGGACCUGGCACCCACACCACUUCAUUGAGCUGAAGUGGUCUGGGUGCCUAUAGUGGUCCUUUAACCAUUUAUAGAAAUGGAACUAUUCUAGUUUUGUUUUUUGUUUUUAAAUUUAUUUAUUUUAAAGGCGUUUUGUGUGUCAAUUUUUUCUAUAACCUCUGUUAUAGGACUUAUUUAGCUUUAGUUUAAUUAUCACCACAUAGGGUUAAAACAAGAUCUUAGUACAUAUUUUGUAUUAAUUCCUUUUUAGUCACUGUGUUGGAAUCUGGUGUUUUACUUCUGUACUUACUGCUUCUUUCUAGUAUUGAUCUGACGAAUGAUGAAUUGUUAGUUAACAUCGCGUCUUCUGGUCAGACACCAGAGACCCAGAGUCUAGAAGACGAGGGACAUUUCUCUUUUUUGACUUGGAAUAUAGAUGGACUUGAUGAAUCAAAUCUUCAAGAAAGAGCUCGCAGUGUGUGCUCUUACCUUGCCCUGUAAGUAGAUAUAUAUCCUUUUUUGCAUAUGACAGCUCUUACUACUAUAUCAUGAUUUUAUUUAACCCUUUAAAGAAACACUAUAGCUUUAGGAAUAUAAGCCUUUAUUACAAACUCUAUAGUGUUCUACUCCAUAUUUAUAUUUACUCCCCAGAGUUAAACGGAAGUGGCAUGCACUUAUUCUGAGCGUCAUUAGACUUCUCAUUGAGCUGUAAUUGCCACUUCUGAGACUGGUCUGAAGUCUUCUCAGUGAAAAGUCUCUGACCAUUCUUCUACCACAGACUGAAAAGUCUGUGCCAGGUUAAGAGGACUUGCAGUACCUUCAUAUCUGCAUCUAUUGUAAGCUAGUUUUCAUUACCUCCAAAGAAAAUAUGCAAAAUAAAUUCUUCCACCAUAUUCCUCCUGAGAAUCUGAAAGCCUACAAAUAGUUGAGUAAUGUCCUUCAUUAAAGCGGCACCUUAGGCACCCAGACUACUUCAGCUCAUUGAAGUGGUUUGGGUGCAGUGUCUGUCCUCCUUAGUCCAGCAAUGUUAAUCAUUGCAGUUUUUAGAGAAACUGCAAUGAUUACCCAGAAGUACUAGAUAAGUACCUCUAGUGGCUGUCAAUCAAAUACUUCCUGGGUCCUAACAACUCUGCAUGAGGACAUCCAGCAUCUGAGAAAACCCCAAAGGGGAGUUGGCGCUGGAAUCGGGUGAGUUUUUCUUACAGUAUAGAAUCCCUUUAAAGCCUUCACUAAAUGAACUGUUUAUUUAUAUAGACAUUUUAGCACAAAGUUGUAAAUGUAGAGCAAAUGCCAAAAAACUGAGGGUUCCAGCUAACUGUUUUAUAUUACCCUAGAGCCCCCCAUAUAUGUAAUUCAAAUUGUUUGAUUUUCAAAAUCUGGCAUUCUGAGAUGUGUGUAGGCUGCACUUUUCUCAUAUAUUACUUAUCAUUAUGGAGUUAAAUAACCAAAUAUAUUUUCUUAUGUCAACACAGGUACAGCCCAGAUAUAGUCCUUUUGCAAGAGGUUAUUCCACCGUACUAUGCAUACCUGAAAAAACGGGCUGUUAGCUACACAAUCAUUGCAGGUAUCAAAUGUUACUUUUACUACAGGAAAACAUUUUUACUAUUGUUUAGGAGAUAUUGCCUCUCAUCCCCAGACAGUGUUUGAUCAGCCAAAUAUUUACUGGCACAGUUCCCCCACCCCAACAAAUGAAUGUCCCAAUUAACAUCUGCGUUCUGAUCUAUAGGCAUAAAACUGUAAUCAAGAGAGAUGAAAAAUCCAGAGAUCGUAUAUUGUCAUUAAGAAUACCUUCCUAGGAGUACUGAGAAUUCUAAUAGUUGUCAAGCCAGAAGGUGGAGUAUACCUAGCUAUAUUAGACUCUGUUACACCCAAACCUCAAUUAAAUGCUCUCUACCUCCUCUUUACAAAUAUAAAUCAAUAAGUCAAACGUGAAAUCAAGAGGCAAGAAAAUACAGAACGAGAGCCCCAAUGUACAUUUUGUUGCUCAGACAGCCCAUCACGAGGCUGCGAUAAAUUGCAUCAUGCAUCCCAGGGGUAGACCUCUGCAGCAAUUGGCAGGUGUUGCAAGGACUGAAAGCAAGAAUAGGCAUUUUUUACAUACUGCCAUUGGACAAAAAUGUGCUGUUCAAAAUAGCUUGUGCAUUAAAUCUAUGUAUGCAUCGUUGCCAUUGGAAAGGACACUAGAAGUUGAGAUUUGAGCCAGCCCAGCAAGAACAAUAUUGUUUAUGGUAGAAUAAUGAAUGCAUUGAAUUAACAUAACUGUUAUAUAUGGAAUUGUUUAAACACUGGUAUCUAUAUACAACAGAUAUGUACCACUGCAAUAGUGAUUACAAUAGUAAGUCUUAAUUGGAUUGAUUGUUUGGGUUUUUUUUUUUUUUUUUAAAUACUAUGAAUUUAUGGUCUAUUUUGCAUUUUAGGCAAUGAUGAAGGCUAUUUUACAGCAAUUAUGCUGAAAAACUCCAGGGUGAAACUAAUAAGUCAAGAAAUUGUUCCAUACCCAAACACCACCAUGAUGAGAAACCUGCUCAUUGCCAAUGUGAGUGUACAAAUCUUCUUUUGAUUUGUCCUACUGAGGUUUGCUUAACAGGAAGGAGAAAAACUAUGUUUUUUUGUUUUUUUGUGGCCAUUUAUUUGUCUGCUAAUAACAAAUUAAACAGUACCAAAUUUAGAAAACGCUCAUUCUAAAAAGACUGGAAAAAUAGAAAAAAAUCCAAUGAAUAUAAAGUAUGUUUAUAAAUAUUUUCUGAUGGCAAACUGGGACUUUAUUAUAUAUAGAAGUAUUUAAAGAGAGCCUGAUAACCAUGUUUCCUUAGGUCAACUGUAUAUGGUUUAAAAGUACAAUUUAAAAUCUAGUGUUGUCACCUAUUUGGGUCUCUGCAUAUUUUUUGCAUAGACCUCCAAUGGUGACAUCAUAGCUUGUGGUGCAGCAUAGAUGAACAAUAAUUUCCUAAUGCUGUCCCCUGUUGGUGCCAUCAUCUUCAAUCUUGGCACUUCAUCUGCCAGGAGCCCAUGUCAGUGCUGAACCACAUGCGCAAGAGUACGACUCAUAAAUAUGGAGGAUCCUGCAAGACAGCUGGAGCCUUAAUAGAUAUUCUCUUGCAAUGAGCGAGACAGUGACUUAUUCCCACGGCUGUUGCUAUAGGCCUUCAGUGAUUUUUAAUACGACAGACUGAAAUUUAGUUUUUCUCUGUAAUUGUUCCCUAAUGGUAGACUAUGCCCCUUGAAAUGUAUUAAGUCUGCUUUUGCUAUAAAUGAUCAUUCUUAGAAUCCACUUUGUGUAUUAAAUGUACAAGAGAGCUCAAAAUGUCCACUCUUAACUAGCCACUGGUGAGUGUGCCAUAGGCUUGCAGUGACAAAAAAAACCUUUAAAGGCCUGGCUUGUAGUGUGGGACUUGACAUUUUAAGCUCUGUGUAUAACAUAUGAAUGCAUUAUAUUUUAUACAAUGUUGCUUGUAAAAUCCUCUUGUUUUAAAGGUUCAUAAUAUGUGCAUGUAUUUGCUAUAGCUGCCAAAAAAAAUCUGUUUUUGUUUUUUUUUUAAAUUAAAUUCAAAUCAAUUGGUAUUCUUACAAAGGUUAACUUAUCUGGGAAUCAUAUUUGCCUUAUGACCUCUCAUCUGGAAAGCACCAAAGACCAUUCAAAGGAACGUCUGGCUCAGCUGCAUGUUUUGUUGAAGAAAAUGCAGGAGGCUCCACUAUCAGCCACUGUUAUCUAUGGUGGUGAUACAAACUUGAGAGAUUCAGAAGUGAGUAUUAACAUAAAUAUUCUCCAUAUUUGAUGUUGGAGUCUAAUCCUCAUAAAAUCUGAUUCUCAGUGGAGAGUACAGUCAAGAUAUUCAUUGUUUAUUCUUUAAAUCAGAACUGUUUAUUUUCCUAAUCCCUUAGGCAUAUCUUUAAUUUUUCUCACUACACUAUUUCUGGGUUCCUCCAAGCUCCGCAUCAGUACUUAUUGAACAUGCUCACACUGAACAUGCAGGGCAGGGCAUUUCUAUCCAUACUUGAGAACUUCAGAUGCAUUUUAGCUUGGGCAGCCCUUAUUGACAGUUAUGCAUGGCUGCCUUAUAGUAGCCAUACUGUUGCAGCUGUCAGCCUAUUCACAGGACAGUUUGCAGUUUUGUAUGAUGCAGUUUUCCAAGUAAAAUACCAUUGCAUGCAGUAAAUACAGCACUGUUUGCAAAUAUACAGUGACUGGCUUAGUCUGAGCAUUUUAACCUUUUCAAUAAGAAUAACUACUUUGAGUAAACCUCUUAAGUGUGUUUCUACCACUCUAAAUUUUUAAGACCGUGUAAUUCAGGGGUCCUCAAACUACGGCCCCCCAGAUUUUGCUGAACUACAACUCCCAUAAUUCUCUGGCUAUCUAUGUAAUUCAAAGAAUCAUGGGAGUUUGUAGUUCCGCAAAAUCUGGGGUGCCGGAGUUUGAGGACCCCUGGUGUAAUUGUUAAAGGGGGGGUGGAUUUUUUUUAUUUCAAGUAUUUUUUACUAUAAAGGAAUUUUCUGGACAACCACACCUUAAGUGCUAAAUUGUUCUUGAAUGGUUUAACAUAAAAGCUGCAUCCAGAGGCACAGCUUUUCUAUUCUCUUCUGCUUGGGUUAAUGUGGAAGCUUUAGAGUGAGAACUGAAGAGGUGGCAGUGAGUGUCUGAAAGUCAUCUGACGAUCUCAACCGUAUAUAUUGCAUCCCAUCGCGAGCAAAUGUGUACAUUUAUAUUUAUUCGCAAGGAGUGGCCAUUAAUAGACUGUCAGCUAACACUCUAAUCCAGUCACUGCCGUCUCCUUACUGCUCAUGCUAUGCUUCAACAUGAGCCUGAGCAGAGAAGGAGAGGGACUCGUGUGGACUCUUCUAUAGUGUUAACCAUUCAAGAACAGUUUAAAAAUUAAAGGUAAGACUGGGGACUCCAAGCACCAUAACAACGAAGUUGUAUCAUUCAAUAUUCAUUUCAAUUAUGAUUAAUUUUGGACACAAAAUGUCAGUUGGCUUACUGACUGGUAAUAUAAGUGUACAGUGUUAUCAGUUUGAUUUUUUUCAAAAAACAGAUUUAAUACACUUUCAGUAGUGUUUGUUCUCAUUUAAAAUUAAACGGUUCCUCUAAGAAAUGGUAUAUUUCAACAUUGACUCUUAUCUGGUUAUGGGAAACCUACAGAAAGCACCUUAAAUAUUACUAUAACUAGUCCUUUAUAUUGCAUACCCCAUCUCAUUUUUAUUACAUUUUACAGGUUCAGAAGAUUGGAGGUCUUCCAAGCAACAUAUUGGAUGUGUGGGAGUUCCUUGGUAAACCAGAACACUGUCGGUACACAUGGGACACUAAAGUAAACAACAAUCUGCGUGCCCCAUAUACCUGUCGACUUCGUUUUGACCGGAUACUGUACCGAGCCUCUGGUGAUGGAAGUCAAGUAAUUCCAAAUUCCCUAGACCUUGUUGGUGUUGAGAAAUUGGACUGUGGCAGGUAUCCUAGUGAUCACUGGGGCCUGCUGUGUGAUUUUGAUGUGGUAUUAUGAAAUAUUGUAUAAACAUUUUAAAUAUGUAAAUGGUACUUUUUAAUAAAGCUCUGUUCUUAUAAAGGUAGGAUUUAUUUUCCUUUGCUGAAGGUUUAAGUAAUAUCGGCCUGUCCUAAUUGAAGGAAUAUUUUAUGUAUUUAGUUCCUAUUUUGUUAAAACUGCUUCUUAUAUACCUUAAAGAUAUUUUUAUCAGGAUUCACUUGCCGUUAAUUAAUAAAUAAAAAAUAAAACAAAAAUUGGAGUGGUUUAAAAAGGCUUUGUUUUUAAAUAUGAUUUAAUAUACAAGGUGGUCGAAAAGGAGG